GGACUGGCUGAUUUAGGAAGGGAGAAUGUCACGUGGGAGUAGCAUGGGCAGGAGGGAGGGGGCAGAGACAAGAUGGCGGCUGGCGGGCUGUGCGCGAGAAGCAGCAGAGAACUGUGGACCAUUCUGUUGGGCAGAUCAGCUUUGAGAGAACCAGCUCAGAUUGCAGAAGAGUUGAAUAAACACUGGCAGAGGCUGCUUGAAGGGCUUUCUUACUACAAGACACCCAGCGCAAAUUCAGCAGAAAAAGUCAAAGCUGAUAAAAAUGUGGCUGCUCCACUGAAGGAACUGAGUCUGAGAGUCAGCAAGUUCUUGGGUUUGGAUGAAGAGCAAAGUCUGCAGCUGUUACAAUGCUACCUUCAGGAAGAUUAUAGAGGGACCAGAGACUCAUUAAAGACUGUUCUGCAAGAUGAAAGACAGAGCCAGGCUCUGAUACUGAAGCUUGCUGACUACUACUAUGAGGAGCGGAUCUGUAUCCUUCGCUGUGUCCUCCACCUUCUCACCUAUUUCCAGGAUGAGAGACACCCCUACAUGGUCCAGUAUUCUCACUGUGUGGAAAAACUGGAUAAGGAACUGGUUCCUAAUUACCGGAAGCAGUUUGAAGAGCUCUACAAAGCCGAAGCUCCUACAUGGGAGACACACGGAAGCCUCAUGACAGAGCGGCAGGUUUCCCGCUGGUUUGUGCAGUGUCUUCGCGAGCAGGCCACGCUUCUGGAAGUCAUUUUCCUCUACUAUGCCUAUUUUGAGAUGGCCCCGGAGGAGCUGCUGGCGUUUGCCAGGUUGUUCAAAGAGCAGGGCUUUGGCUCGAGGCAGACCAACAGGCACCUGGUGGAUGAGAGCAUGGACCACCUGGUGGACCGCAUUGGGUACUUCAGUGCUCUCAUACUAGUGGAAGGCAUGGAAAUCGAUUCUCUGCAUGAGCGUGUCUUGGAUGACCAAAAAGAGGAGCAUAAGUUUGCUGGCAGUGGGCAGGUCCGCCAGGAAAUGGACUCCCUGCUGUUAACUCUAGGGGAUGUCUCCCAUCAUGCCCCUGUCCUCCUGGCCUGGGCUUUGCUGCGCCACACGCUGAGCUCUGAAGAGUCAGCUGCUGCGAUUAGGCGAAUGGGGAGCACUGCCAUUCAGCUGAAUGUAUUCCAGUACUUGACGAAGCUGCUCCGGUCCAUCAGCAGCGAGGGAAAUUGCAUUGCCAGCACGGCCUGUAUGUGUAUUUAUGGCCUCCUGUCCUUUGUCCUUACCUCUCUGGAGCUGCACACCUUAGGCAACCAACAGGACAUUAUAGAUACAGCUUGUGAAGUUCUGGCUGCUUCGAGCAUUCCUCCGCUGUUCUGGAAAACGGAGCCGACGGCAGGUCUGGGCAUUAUUUUGGACAGUGUGUGCGGGAUGUUCCCCCACCUUCUCUUGCCUCUUCUGCAGUUGCUCAUUGCCCUUGUUUCAGAUAAAUCUACGGCAAAGAAGGUAUAUAGCUUCUUGGACAAGAUGUCUUUCUACAUUGAGCUGUAUAAGCACAAGCCCUCUGAUGUGAUCUCUCACGAAGACGGUACCUUGUGGCGGAGGCAGGUGCCGAAGCUGCUCUAUCCCCUUGGGCUGGGCCAAACAAACCUGCGGAUACCUCAGGGGACGGUGGGCCAGGUAAUGCUGGACGACCGGGCCUAUUUGGUACGAUGGGAGUAUUCCUAUAGCAGCUGGACAUUGUUCACCUGUGAGAUUGAGAUGCUACUGCAUGUUGUGUCGACUGCUGAUGUCAUUCAGCACUGCCAAAGGGUUAAGCCGAUCAUUGAUCUGGUUCACAAAGUCAUCAGCACUGAUGUGUCAAUAGCAGAUUGCCUCCUGCCGAUUACGUCUCGGAUCUACAUGCUGUUACAAAGGUUGACUACUGUGAUUUCUCCCCCUGUUGAUGUUACUGCUUCUUGUGUCAACUGCCUGACAGUGCUGGCGUCCAGGAUGCCAGCAAAGGUUUGGACUGACCUUCACCAUACAGGCUUUUUACCAUUUGUUGCUAAUCCAGUUUCUAGUAUGAGUCACAUGAUCAGUGCAGAAGGAAUGAACGCCGGGGGCUACGGUAACCUGCUAAUGAGCAUCGAGCAGCCGCAAGGGGAAUACGGCGUGACCGUCUCCUUCCUGCACUUAGUCAUGACGCUUGUCCGGGGGCAGCUUGGCAGCACCCAGAGCCAAGGUUUGGUGCCCUGCAUCGUGUUUGUCCUGAAGGAGAUGCUCCCAAACUACCACAAGUGGCGCUACAACUCCCGCGGCGUGAGAGAACGAAUCGGUUGUCUUAUUCUGCAGCUGAUCCAUGCUAUCCUGAACCUGUGCCCUGAAAUGGAUCCUCAUAGCAGCAAUGCUCCCAGCCUGCAGUCCCUUUGCAUCUUCAGCCUGGCCAAUACUGAAGCCGGACAGGCGGUCAUCAACAUCAUGGGCAUUGGUGUGGACACCAUUGAUAUGGUGAUGGCAUCACAGUCCAGCAGUGACGAGUCUCAGGGCCAGGGCCAGCUGCUCAUCCAGACUGUGAAACUGGCCUUCUCGGUCACCAAUAACGUCAUCCGGUUGAAACCGCCGUCCAGUGUGGUGUCUCCCCUUGAGCAUGCUCUUACCCAGCAUGGUGCCCACAGGAACAAUCUGAUUGCCAUCUUGGCCAAGUACAUCUACCAUAAACAUGACCCGGCCUUGCCACGCCUCGCUAUCCAGCUUCUGAAGCGACUGGCCACGGUUGCUCCGAUGUCCGUCUAUGCCUGCCUUGGAAAUGACGCUGCUGCCAUCCGUGACGCCUUCCUGACCCGCCUGCAGAGCAAAAUUGAGGACAUGCGCAUCAAAGUCAUGAUUCUCGAGUUCCUCACCGUGGCUGUAGAAACGCAGCCUGGACUCAUUGAGCUAUUUCUCAACCUGGAAGUGAAAGACGGGAGUGAUGGGUCAAAGGAAUUCAGCUUAGGCGAGUGGAGCUGCCUUCACGUAGUCUUGGAGCUGAUAGACUCCAAGCAGCAGGAGCGCUACUGGUGCCCUCCCCUCCUUCAGCGAGCCGCAAUUGCCUUCCUCCACGCCCUGUGGGAGGACCGCCGGGAUAGCGCCAUGUUGGUUCUACGGACCAAGCCAAAGUUUUGGGGAAAUUUAACCAAUCCACUCUUUGGAACCCUACCUCCACCUUCUGAAACAUCCGAGCUCAGUGUCUUGGACACCUGUGCUUUGAUCAUGAAAAUAAUUUGUCUGGAGAUCUACUAUGUGGUCAAGGGUUCUUUGGACCAGUCGCUGAAAGACACACUGCAGAAGUUUUCCACGGAGAAGCGUUUUGCCUACUGGUCGGGCUACGUGCUGUCCCUGGCGUUCCACAUGGCGGAGACCGAGGGCAGCGGCUGCACCUCCAUGUCUGAGUACCAGAUGCUGAUCUCCGCCUGGCGGAUGAUGCUGAUCGUUUCUGCAAACCAUGCCGACAUCAUGCACUUGACUGAUUCUGAGGUCCAGCAGCUGUUCCUGGAGGUCCUGAGUGGGACAAAGGCUUUGUUGCUGGUUCCCACUUCUGUGUCUUGCCUACAACUAGGAUCCAUGCUGUGCACCCUUCUCUUAAUCCUGCUGAGACAGUGGAAGAGCGAGUUGAGCUCUGUGGAUAAAACCAUAAAUUCCUUGACGCAGAUACUGGAUGCAGUGCUCCAGGCAGACCAGCAGAUGAUGGAGAAGACCAAGGCCAAAGUAUUCUCCGCUCUCAUCACGGUCCUGCAGAUGAAAGAGAGGAAAGUGAGUGAGAUUCCUCGGUAUUCCCAGCUGGUGCUGAACGUGUGCGAAACACUCCAAGAGGAAUUCAUUGCCCUCUUUGACCAGACUCGGCACUGCCUGACCUCUGGAGACGCCACAGACGACAAAGACAGCAUGGAAACGGACGAUGCCUCCCGUCAUAAGCAGAAGGACCAGCGAGACGGGGUGUGUGUGCUGGGGCUUCACCUCGCAAAGGAGCUCUGCGAAGUGGACGAGGGUGGAGAUUACUGGCUGCAAGUGACCCGCAAGAUCCCAAUCCUCCCGACUCUCUUCACCACCCUGGAGAUCAGCUUGCGGCUGAAGGGGAAUCUGCAUUUCACCGAAGCCUCAUUGCAUCUGCUGUUGACCUUGGCCAGAACCCAGCAGGGGGCGGCAGCCGUGGCUGGAGCUGGCAUCAUGCAAAGCAUCUGCUUGCCCCUCUUGAGCGUAUACCAGUUGAGCAGUAACGGAGCUGGUCAGAUACCGGCUUCCUCGCGGAAAUCUCUGGACGCCCCAUCCUGGCCUGGCGUCUACCGCCUUUCCAUCUCAUUGAUGGAGCGCCUUCUGAAGACCCUCCGGUACAACUUCUUGACCGAUGCCUUGGACUUUGUGGGCGUCCAUCAAGAGCGCAUCCUCCAGUGCCUGAAUGCAGUCCGGACAGUACAGAGCUUGGCCUGCUUCGAAGAAGCCGAUCACACUGUUGGGUUCAUUCUCCAGCUUUCAAACUUCAUGAAGGAAUGGCAUUUCCACCUGCCUCAACUCCUGAGAGACGUGCAGGUGAACCUCUGUUACCUGUGCCAGGCCUGCACCUCGCUUCUGCACAGCCGCAAAGUGCUCCAGCACUACCUGCAGACUAAGAACGGAGAGUCCCUCCCGUCAGCUGUCAUGCCUCGUGUCCAGCGUCCCCCGCAGGCCUCCACCAAGCCACCGAGCCCAGAGACGGAGGCUGCCGAGCAAAGGGCUCUGCGCACAGUGCAGUACAGCCUCCUGAAAAUUCUCAGCAAAUCUCUGGCUGCCUUGCGCCACUUCACCCCAGACAUCUGCCAAAUCCUCCUUGAUCAGUCGCUGGACCUUGCUGAGUACAGCAUCCUUUUCAUGCUGAGCUUUACUACUCCGGCCUUCGAUUCUGAAGUGGCCCCCUCCUUUGGGACCCUCCUGGCUACGGUCAAUGUGGCCCUCAACAUGCUUGCGGAGCUGGAUAAGAAGAAGGAGCCGUUCACCGUGAGUGCAGGGCUAGCUACGCAGGAGGAAAACAAGACUCUCAAGUCUCUCCUUAUGUUUACAAUGGAAAACUGUUUCUAUCUGCUCAUCUCUCAGGCUGUCCGGUACCUGAAAGACCCAGCUGUGCACCCACGAGACAAACAGCGCAUGAAACAGGAGCUCAGCUCUGAGCUGAGCACUCUCCUCUCCAGUCUGUCUCGUUACUUCCGUCGGGGCGGCCCCUCGUCUCCGGCUGGCGGGGUUCUCCCCUCUUCCCAAGGGAAGUCCUCUUCCAAGCUUGGUCCGGAAGCCCAAGAGCCUCUCUUCCAGCUGGUCCAGGCCUUUGUCAGGCACGUGCAGAGAUAAGAUUCCAUGCACCGUUUCAAGAGUUCCCAGCGAGUUCAUUUCCAUCAGAUUCUGGCUGGGCACCCCCGCCUGGCAGACGGAAGAAGUGAGUCUCUGGUCUAAAAGCGUUGCCUCAUGCAGCCAAAACAAGCUCUGUCUAUGUCACAAGUAAAUCUGGCUUGGCCUUUAGUAGUUGCUGAACUGAUUCCCUUUUUAUAGCUCUUGCACAGCUUGGGAAGGAUGGAGAGAGGCUGACUUUGAAGUGCCCCCUUCCCCCCUGGAUUUGGGCAUUAAUUUGUUGGUAUAAAAAUGCAGCCUGUCACUGAUGAAGCUCAGCCAAAGGAUGAAGGUGGGCACAGAAACCAUCUCUCAAGUGGUGUUUAAGUUUCACGAAAUGGACCAGUUACUGCUGCUUAGGUUCUAAAAGCGGAGGUGAGAUAUUUUUAAAAGGUGGAUUCCACCUUCCCACUUCUCCUCCUCGUUCAAGACAGUUUUAAAGUCAGAAUUCCAUUACUUUGGUCUCUCACUUUUUUUGUACUACUUGUUUCCUAUUUAUACUGAUUAAAAAACACAUUUCUAA